AGCCGCCGGCCAGUGCCAGUGCGUUCGAAUCGACAGUCACCAGUCGUGUGCAAAAAGCCCAGCGAGUGGCAUCGCCGUGCAUUCGUUGCCAGCAAGCCUGACCCGCGCGUCUGUGAAGUUGAAGCAUGGCUAACACAGUUGUCGACGUUAUAAGCAAAGCGAACAGCGCUUUCGUCGACGAAAACUACGCAGAAGCGCUGAACCUUUACAACAAGGCAGCGGAAGUAGACCCCAACAACAGUGAAGUCUACGUAAAAAGGUCUCACACCCAUUUCAAACUUGAAAACUGGGAAGGUGUAGUCACAGAUGUGGACAAAGCUUUUGAGAAUGGGUGCGAGAAAAAUGCCAAGCUUCUCCUGAGGAAAGGGCAAGCAUUGUUCCACCUGGACAAAUAUGACAAGGCGAAAGAAGUUCUGGAGGAAGGAUUGCACCUUGGCGGGUCUGACUCAGAUUUUGGAGUGUGGAUCGAAAAGUGCUCGACUGAGAUCAAGCUUCUUGAGAAAGCCAAGGAAGCUAUUGUGGCUCCACCUGCACCUGCAAAGACUCGCUAUGAAUGGUACCAGACAGAGAGGUACAUCAUAAUCACAAUAUUUGUGAAGAACCGUAAACAAGAGGACAUCAAAGCAGAGUUCACCGACACAACGGUAAACAUCACAGUGAAGCUUCCUUCUGGGGAAGAUUAUCAGCUUUCUCUGCAGCUUGCACACUCCAUCAAUGCAGAUCAGACUGCUGUCAAGUGUUACCAGACCAAGGUUGAAAUCAAGGCUGAGAAACGGGAAGGCAUCAAGUGGACUACCUUGGAGUUUGACAGCACUGCAGCUGAUGUUCCUGCUCCUAUGAUGUUUUCUGUUCCAGAAGCCGCAAGUGUCGAGAGGGCACCUCCAGUGUUUCGAGCUAAAAACUGGGACAGCAUUGUCAAAGAGACUGAGAACGAAAAGGAAGAGGGCGAUGCAGCACUGAAUUCCCUGUUCCAGAAAAUUUAUGCUGAAGGCUCAGAUGAAGUCAAGAGGGCCAUGAACAAGUCAUUUAUGGAGUCUGGCGGAACAGUGCUGAGCACAAACUGGGAAGAAAUUGCAGGCAAGACCACUCCCAUCAAGCCACCCGAUGGUAUGGAAUACCGCAAGUGGACGGAGUGAACGGGCUUCUGUGUUCAAUUGUGCCAUUCAGAAACAGCCACGAAAAAAGCCCAUCACUGUGCAGCUCAAGUAAUUUAUGAUGUGGCUGGCUGGCACAUGUAAUAUAUUGUCUUCUACCAGUUUUGUUUAGUGUAUUUUAACUUGAGUGUCUUCUAAUAAAGCUUUUGAGUUGUU